UGCUACAUACUUAUGACAUGAAAAAGAGUUUAGAGUAAAAACAUUGUAGUGAUGUGUUAGAGUCCAUGCUUAACCUAUCCGAAACUCUCUUCUUCUUGUCUGACUAUACUAUAUGUUAUUCUAAACAAAAAAUAUGGCAAACCAGAGCAGACAUCAGAAAUUAUCAGACAAGAGAUAGUCUAUAAAAAAGUCAGCACAUGCUUGUUUUACAGAAAAGCCAAGUGAAUUCAUAAUUAAUUGAGAGUACAAGGAAGUGGUACUUAGUAUGUCGUUGAUUUAACGAGACAGUAAAUAAAUUCAAUACAUAAAACAAAAUUGGCUUUGCAAUGCAAGAAGAUUUUUUUCCAGCUGCUGAAAAAAUACUCUUUGAUAUUGAAAAUAUUCUAAAGAAAAAUGAAUGUUUACAAAGUUUUGAAAUAGUUUUUGCCAACGAUCAUGGAAAUAAAUCUCCUGUAUACCAUGAAAAUAACAAUCUUGGGCUUGCUUCAUGGUGUGUUCACCCUCUCUACUGUUAUGUUUAUACUCAUUUGAUGGAACUCCGACGAAAUAAACUUCGGCGUGAAGAUCCAGAAAUAGUAGCACGAUGGUUACUUGGUGUACUUCUUCUCAAUCCUGAUGCUAAUACUUUUUGGAAUAUGAGAAAAGAGCUAGUCCGCAAUGAACGUCUUGAUAUUGAACAAGAGCUCCGUUUUACAAAACUCGUACUCUAUCGUAAUACAAAAUGUUUUGAAGCAUUUUCUUACCGACGAUUACUUAUAAAUUUAUUACUUAAUCAAGAACAUUCACAUGCUAAUAUUGAAUUAUUAUUGCAAGAAGAAAUAAAUGUUGCAACUACUUCUGCCGAUCGAUAUUCAAAUAAUUAUCACGCUUGGAACCAUCGGCAAUAUAUAGUAUUAACUUAUAAAACUGCAAUACCUGAAAAUUUCCAUCAGUUUCUUAUAUCUGAAUGGGCAUCGUCUGAAAAAUGGUGCAGGCAGCAUAUAUCUGAUUAUGGAGGGCUUUCUUACAGACAAUUUUUACUUAAAAGAUUCCUUUUUGAUACAGAAUCAAGUGAGUCAAAUAUUUUUCUAACAUCUGAUCAUUUGAUUCAACGUUCAGAGAUAAUUUCUACAUACAUUAAGGAAGAAUUACAAAAGUAUAAUGAUAUUUCUUGUUCAUACAAAAAUUUGAAUCAUAAAACUGUAGAUAUGCUUCAUGGAAAAACUUCAAAUAAUAAAGAUGAAGUUCAUUAUGAACGAGUUAUUGUUGCAUUAUCUUAUUGGAUAGAAGAUAGUAUUUUUAAUCAAAAUCUCAUCAGUUCAUUUCCUGGACAUGAAUCACUCUGGUAUCACCGUAGGUUUUUAGCAUAUUGUUUAAGGUCUCUCAUACUUUCAUAUAAUAAUUAUUCAUGCUACAAGUCGAAAUUUUUUGAACCAUCAAAUUAUAUAUACUCUAAAAAAGAUAUUGAAAAUCUUGAUAAUUCUAAAAGUUUACUUGAAAGUGCUUUUAAAAGCCAAAAUAUAGAAUUAUUAAAAUUUGCUAAACUUAAUGAUUACCAAAACAGUUUGGCCAAUAAUUUUGAAAAAUUUUUAUCAACUAUAAAUCUAACGGUAUAGAAAAAAAAAUUAUUCUGGCUCUAGUUCUUUUAUUGCUUAAUUACUAUAUGGAAUUAUCAAUUAGUAAAUAUUUUGUUAAUUUAUCCAAAAUAUGUAUGAAAUUAAUUUGCAUUACAACAGUGAUUAAAUAUCGUAGUGUUAAGUUAUAACAGCCUCGU